CGAGGUCUCACCUGUUGACUCAUUGUAACGCUUUCCGAUAAGUCAAAAUGGAGGAAUGACUUGAGUGAAACUAGGGACACGUAGCUUGUAAACCGCAUAAAACUCUACAGAAGAAGAAGAAGAAGAAGAAGAAGUGAAACUAGGAAAGGCUAAAACAAAUGUUCUGUCUUCAAACUUGGAUUGUGCUUGAUUUAUCUUCGAUUUCACAUCUCGACAGUGGCCUAAAAUGUACUGUAAAAUUAGGCCUACAGCGUUCCUUAUUUUCUCAGUCUUCUUCAAUAGCUAUACCAUCGCUAUUAAUGUCCAAUGCCCAGUGAAGAGACAUGUGGUCAUGCUGUUCCAGCCUGUUACACUUCAGUGUCAAUAUCAGACCUCGGACACGAACCCCCCCCUGAUCACGUGGAAGUACAAAUCUUUCUGCCGGGACCCGAUCGAGAUGGCUCUGUCCCCCAGCAGUUCGGACAAUGCUCUGGCUCAAAGCAAUCCGAACUAUGAUCCCGUGACCGAGUGUCCUGACAACCAGCGGACGGUGCGCAUCGUGGCCUCCAAACGGAUCUCCGUCACACUCGCAGCCGAAUAUCAGGGCCGUAAGAUCAGCAUCAUAAAUAAUGCUGACCUAAAUAUUGCCCAGACUGCCUGGGGAGACAGCGGUGUUUACCUGUGCACCGUGGCUUCUGACCAGGAUCUAACAGGAAAUGGAGAGUGCUAUACGGAACUCAUUGUGCUUGAGAGAAAGGCAAAUACUACAGACUGGCUGCCUGGCAUUGACUUACUGGUCAUGGAAGAUAAGCUCCUGGUCGCUCUGGUGGUGAUAGGCUUCCUGUUGUUACUGCUCCUGAUUGGCAUCUGCUGGUGCCAGUGUUGCCCGCACUCCUGCUGUUGCUAUGUGAGCUGCCCCUGCUGUCCGGAGCGCUGUUGUUGCCCCAGGGCAUUGUACGAAGCAGGAAAAGCCAUCAAAUCAGGUGUCCCUAGUCAUUACGCACCAACUCUGUAUGCGCCCAGCAUGUAUGCCCAGCCUAUCCAUGGACUUGGAGGAGCCUCCCCUGCCAUCCCAAUGCUUCCCAUGCCCCCCAUGCACCCAGCAACCAACUACAGAGACUACGACCAUGCCAGCUCAGUUGGGCAGGGUUCUCAAGUACCUUUGCUGCAGGAUAAUGAUGGUGGUGGCCAAACUCGCAGUGGCUAUCGCAUUCAGGCCAAUCCAGAUGGGAAUCCCACACGUGUUCUGUAUUACAUGGAGAGAGAGCUGACCAAUUUAGAGCCCGGCCACCCUGGAGAUGCAGCAGGCAAAUACAACCGCUUGGACGGUAUGAGUGAGGUGACCUCCCUGCAUGAGAUGUCUGAACCCCGGUCACAUGGGCACUCGAGGCCACCACAGCUGCCCACCUUGUAUGACGACCCGGAUGACCGAAUGAGCACCAUCAGCAGUGUGUCCCAGCACCAGCGUCCAAGGCGCCACAAUGAUUCCCCCAUGAACCACGGCGCUAGAGGCCGGGCCCGCUCCAUGGACAAUCUAGAUGUGAUUUACCAGCACUCCAAUGAUGAUGACUAUCCACAAAACUAUAAGUCUGGAGCCAGAGGUGGUCGAAGGGGUUCGGAUGAUGGAUGGAAUCGUGACACUCGUGAUGACUACGAUCAUGAAACUGACCGUCACUACCACCGACGGAACCACUCCCCUGACAGUCAUGGCCAAAACAGGGGACGUGGUGCCGGCUUCCAGCAACGUCGUAGCCGUAGUCGUGAUGACCUGAUGGCUAUGGAUAGGAAUGACAGAGGCAAUGAGUAUGAUGACCGGCUUCUGCGCGAGGCUCUGGCAAAGAAGAAACUGGGUAGCCAGGACCGUCUGGACCACAGCGGCGAGAAAAGACCAAUGAAUGGCCAUUAUGGACCCCCCCCACUGCCUGUAUCCCCUCCUUCUGGUUACCCUGAGCACUUCCCAUCGUCCCUGCCCUAUGAUCAAGAGAGCACAGCAUCUUCCAAGAAGAGCAACUUGCGCAAGAAUGGAGCAGUGAGUCGUGAGAGCUUGGUUGUGUGAGCUGGGCCCUGUGGAGAAGGCUGGCUUGGCUAAUUCAAUUGUGAGGAUCCUCUGAGGAUUAUAUCUUAUUUUUUGGAAGCUGGACAAAAGUUUAAGGGAUAAACACGUGUUUGGGCAGAUUGAAAAGUUGACAUGGAUGAGCUCAAUUUGAUCCUUCGCAGCUUUUACUUGCUUGGGGGAAUGUUUCAGUAAAUGUGGCCAACACAAGUGACAUGAUGUGAUGUAGACAUGAUGUAUCUGCUCUGUUUGUGAAUGGUAUAACAACCUUUUAAUACAUCGCUCUACAAUUAUUAUUUCAUGACAUUGUGUGUUUAUAAAUAGCUUUUCAGGAACAAAUUACUUUAAAUGAUGUGUUUAGCAAUUUGAUAUUUUUGUCAAAAGAUAUUUUUAAUGUUUUGUUUAUGCCAAACUCACAUGAUAAAUGUUUGGACAUAUAGUAUGUACAUUUAGUAUUUCUAUACCAUGUCAAGUGAUUUUAACAUUUUUCAUUGUACUUUGCUUCAUAUAUUUUGCAUGGUGUCCCUGUCCUGUGUUUAAAUGUUUAAACAUUCACUUAGAAAUCUACUUUGUCACUUCCACAAUUACAGUGGUCUAGUAGUAAAGAUUUUGUAUUUGAGUAAAAAACCUAUAUUUUGAACCCUUAUCUUUUACUUAUUAUAACUAUUUGAUUUGCUGUAAACUUUGUUUGCCGGUAUGUGUUUGUUGUUUUGGAAAGGUUCAGGAUUAUGGCAACUGUUUGAUUUCUUUUUUAAAUGUGCUUUGGUAAUUUCAUGCAUUUGAUAUGCUCCCAUCCUGGCCAAAUACCUGCUGUGAACACAUAAUGUAAUAAACUCAUAUCAAGAAGGAUCUCA